AUGCUCCCGGGGGUCCGAGGGAUCUCGCAAGAGAGUCUGCCCAAGGGGACGAUAGCUGCUGUGAAGGUCCAAGGCAACGAUAAGCCCAUGGCUGUUGGGGUCGUCUUGUUCGACCCCGCCACCUGCGACUCAAGGGAAGGAAAAGUGCUUCAGGUUCUUCAAGUAUAUGGCGACACGUUGUGGCAAGAAAGCGGAACAAAACGACCUAAUGAGGGGUUCAAGGAGGAUCAAGUGCUUCCCACUGUGUCUCUCUCUUCCAUGAGCGCUGCUCUCCCUGCCAACCGUUCAGAUCAAGCUGAACCCAACCCAGCCACUCGAGCUCCAGACGAGGACGAGAGCUCAGCAGACGGACAGGGAGCAGCCCGUGAACAGCAUAGUGAGGAAGACGAGGAGGAUGAUGUGGAUUCUGAAGAAGGAAGUGGAAUUCAAGUCAGUCCGGAAGAAAUGAAUGACUUGUUGGAAUUUUGUCUGUUCCAAGCGCUGAAGACCAAAGUAAAAGACAAGAUGCUUCCGAUUGAGUCAGGUGCAUUUUAUUUGCAGUACAUGCGACCAGUAAGGCCAUGUAACGCAUUCCUGGAUAUCAAAAGGUCUUCCUUCAAGAAGUUGUCAGCAUUUCUCGCUCACUACUCUCAGCUGGGAGUCAUCAGAGUGAAUGACAAGAAAGGGACAUUGAAGCUCGCUGAGGUCAAGCGCAACCAUCCCAAGUACCUCGACUUCGCUCCGUUGCCGCAUGCAGAGACAUACGAAGGAGCGAUGGAGCAGAGGCAGAAGGAGGAGGAAGCUAGCAACGGCAAACAGCCUCCUCGGCCUAUCACGUUGGAGGAGCUUCAUAGGCCGCACAGGUCCAUGUACGGAUCUCUCUUCAAUGAGGACAAGCAAGCAUACUACUCUAUCCUCGAGUGCCGCAAGGCGUUGGAUGACUACGUAGAGAAGGAGGGCCUCCUUGAUCCUCUGACGCCUUCCAUGGUCAUUCUUGAUCCGAUCCUCUGCGAUGCUCUUUACGCUGGAGGUCGACUCAAAAACCCUCAAAUUCAUCCGGCCAAGUACGAGAAACAGCCGAAUGGGAAGAUGCUGGCGAAAGCACCGGGGAUCUACAUCAAGACAGACAAUCGACGUGGUCACAACGUAACACUCCUACGGGGACUGGAACUUCUCGGGCUCAAUCCUGAGGAGUUCGCAAGUGAAAUGCGUGAGAUGUUCGCCGCUAGCUCAUCCAUUACGCUGCUCUCAGAGAGCGACGGGAGGAAGCAGCAUGAGAUUAUGUUUCAGGGCUACUGGGAGAAAACGUUAGCCUCCUUUCUGCAGGAGAAGUACCAGCUGCCGUCGGCUUUGAUCGAGGUGAAGACCAAGGGAAAGAACGCGGGUGAGAAGGCGCAAAAGACAGCCAAGAACAUCAUUAAAAGUUGA